AUCGUGUCAUUGAGCUUGCUCUGAUACAAUGACAAGAUCACGAACUGAGAUGUAUUGCAAAGAUCUGCAUGAUGGACAGUAAAUCGUCACUCCUAUAUCCACGUCCACGCAACACAACAAAGGGGAGUCAGUGUGGGGAGAGAUUUUCAGCCAUUUGGAAGAAAGGAGAUAGAGACCAACUGGGAAGGAGAAGUUCAAGAGGUUUGAUAGAAAUCCUAUUCCUUUGGUCAACGUAAAGAUUGGGAUGGGUGUGGGAGCUUUGAUUCUACUUGGUUUGCUCGCGUUUGUGUUGUGGUGCGGAAUCCAGUGCAUCCGGCAGAUUGGAACUCCCGGGUUUAAGACUUGGCCCCUGAUCGGUGUCACUCUGGAGGUGGCCGCGAACUAUCACCGGCUUUACGACUGGCUCUCGUGGAAUUUCCAGGUCAAGGAGACGAUGACAAUGUCCGCCACCAUGCCCGGACGAAGCUUCCUCUUCACGGUGGAUCCAGCAAACGUGGAGCACAUCCUCAAGACCAACUUUGCCAAUUAUCCAAAGGGGGAGGAUUUUCAAGAGAUUUUCCAGCCCUUGCUCGGGAAUGGGAUCUUCAACUCAAAUGGAGAGGCGUGGAGAUUCCAACGCAAGACUGCCAGCUUCGAGUUUGCGUCACGGGUGUUGAGGGAUGUCAGCUGCAGGGUUUUCAAAGAUCACGCGCUCAAACUCGCCAGGAUUGUCCAUGGUAGUCAGGAAUCGGAAGGAUCUUUGGAAAUGCAGGCA